AUGAUGUCCCAAAGAUAUUCAUUACGCUGCUCAUUCCCAUUGAUUAUUCAAAUUGCUGAGGCUCAUCGCAAACCGCGAUGGCUACCCAUCGCAAAGAGCAAAAUUUAUCGGAUUCCUAAAAGACCGGAAAUAUCGCAAGAAGAGCGAUUAGAACUGCGGCGAAUAAACAACAAUUAUAACACAAAAAUGCGAGCCAUAAGAAGAUUCUAUGCCGAAGAAUGGGUACGUGAAAAGUCCACACUUGAAAGUGCCACCUCCGAGAUGUCUCAACGCUUAGAAGCCGACGAAUGGCUUCGAUGUGAAGAACUUAAUGAGAUGUGGAACAAAACGAUCGCUGCCGAGCGCGAGGAACGACGGGCGCAAGAACUAACGAUAAUGGAGGAGUACUCUCUUGCCCGAAUGGAGGCUAAAGACAAAGAUUUGAGGGAACGAAUAUCAAAAGCUUCAGCAAAAAUAAGAAAGGAAAAGGAGCUCUGUACAACAUUUGUAACACCAGAAAAUCUAGAAGAGACAAUUGAUAGAAUUCUAUCCAAUACAGUUGACUAUAAUUUUGCUAUUGAUCUAAAAGGCAAUACCUACCAGGGGAGAGACUCUAAUAUACAAAACGAGGAUAAAAAAAUUCAAGCAUCCAAUUGA